GCUUUCUCGAAUUCUCCCAUACUGUGGACUUGUAAAACUUUACAAGUCACAGGAUCCGACAAGGCGGCGAUGGAGCUGGAGGAGUAGUUGGCAAAAAUCAAUUGACAUGAUUUUCAUACGAAUUGCCAUAACAACAACAAUGCUAACCCAUAUAUUACGGCUCACUCCGGUUCGUGGUACGAAUGUUGGUUCCCAAAUACGGAAAUGUAUCUUCGUGAUCGAUCAAACUUGGGCCUCUGCCCGUAACUAUGGGAGACCAAUUUCACUUGCUAUUCAAACUAACCUAAGCCAAGUCGAAAGACGAAGCGUUGGCCAGAAAUCAGUUGGGAAACAGCGAGCCAAGGAGCUGGGACGCUCGGCAAAAUUCAGAUAAUAUAGACUCCAGACAAGUGAAGGCAAGAGGAACUUACACUCCGCGAAAAUAUGUGCGACUGCGGCUGCUACUCCUACUGUCUGCAUGACAGCUCCUGCUACAGCCACUACCACUCGCAUUCUCACUUGCACUCGCAUCACUGCUGUGCGGGCUAUAAAUAUUUGAAGUGCCUUUGCCGCUACUAUCGCCAUGGGCACUGCACCUGCUCCUGCUGGCGGCGGAAAUGCUAUCUGCUCUAAGCUGGAUAAGGGCCCUUUCCAGAAUAAGGAUGAGGCGGAGAUCCCCGACAGAUGAGGCACAAAAGGAAACACCACACAAAUCACAAAUCACAACUCAAACAACGCAAAUCAGCAAAGAAAUCACAAGAUGAAGUCCUUUAAGCAGUUGCAUAACACUUGGCUACAUCCAAUCGAGCAGAAGUGAAAUGGAAUAUGAAAAAUGGGUUGGGAAAUGGAGAGGAGAAAAUCAGAAAGAGAGAGCAGCAAACAACUAGCGUGCAUACGGAUCGUAUGUGCUACGUUUUCAGUUGUCGUGUGAGUGAGUGUGCAUGUGAUUUUGCCUGUAAGUGAAAAUGGUUCAAGGAUGUGGCUAACAUUGUUAUCGACUGCGUUUUGCAUUUUGCAUCUGCAAAAUCCCCAUUCACACCAAACAUACACCCAAACGCAGUAAAGCAAAUCGUAUUAGUGCCUAAGUAUUACUUCACACCCCACAAUAAAUACUUGAUUAACACCCAGAACACAUCGUUACCAAACUAAAUACAUUUAAUGCUAGAGCGUAGUGCGUAUCGGCCGACGUUCAAGUUUUUCGCCAUAUUUGUUACGUUUCCAAUUUAAAAACAAUCCAAUAAUAAAGUUUUAAUCCAACACCACCAAAAA